UCAUGGAAUACACUUUACUACAGGAGCGCGUAAACAAGGAGUACAAAAAGCAUCUCACAGUUACAGCACAGCAUACUCAGACACCAUUUCUCCAAUCAGUUUCGUCCAUUGAGACGAUGCCACCCAAGAAAAGUGCAAAAUGGAGAGAAGAGAAGCAAUCCAGAUUCCAUGAACAAGAUUAAGGAAGGGAUAACAUUUCCGAAGCCGCAGAGCCGUUUGAUAACCAUUUCAGCUUUUAGUUUGAGUUUUUUCGGUUUUCCCUUAGAGGAUAUGAGAGGGAGGGAUGUUAGAAAUGGUGGAUGUUGUAAAUGAUUAAGAUGAACCCUAGAUAUGCAAAAAGGGCUGACCAUGGAUGAGGUACCUGGAUCAGUGGGGACGAGUGCCAGCUUCUCAUUGAGAUUGGGUCAGGCCAUCUUUUCCUCUGCUUCUCUUCUCUUCAUGUCUUUGGGUGUGGAGUUCUACAGCUACACGGCUUUCUGCUAUCUGGUAACAGUCAUGGGUCUGGUCAUACCUUGGAGUUUCACUUUGGCAUUGGUGGAUGGUUACUCUGUGCUCGUGAACUGCCCUCUUCGUCAGCCCGGAAUACUGCUCAUCAUCGUUGUCGGAGAUUGGGUAUUAUCCAUUCUCACUCUAGCUGCAGCUUGCUCAACGACUAGCGUUGUGGAUAUCAUGCUCCAUGCUAACGGUCCAUACUGCCCUCCAAAGUUUUGCAGCAGAUAUAAAAUAUCGGCUGCGAUGGCCUUCAUGUCAUGGUUUCUGUGUUUGGCUUCGUCUCUUUUCAAUCUUUGGUUACUUCCGUCCUUGUGACUUCUCACAUGAAUAUAGCUUGUCUUCGACUUCUGCAGACAUUUGUGAACAUCGUAUUCAAAACUAUUUGAAACCAUAGGUUUGUAUUUGAUAGCGUUCAAAUCAUACACAAGCAAUUGUAAAUCAUCAAUAAAAGUUUCAUUCAAUGUUUAAAAGCUCA